GCCAGCGUGACGCCUGAGUUCCUGGCCGAGCCCUAUGCGCGACUCAGGAAGAAGAAGCUCGAUUUCGUAACCUCGGCGCUGAGGAACGCCUGCGCCACUGGAAAGUAUUCUCUGGCUUUCGCGCUGUAUCACCGAGGACUGGCCUUAAAGGCUUUUGAGGAGCGCAACGGCGGCGAGUGGCGGAGUGGUGCCAUCCAGGCCGAGAUCAAACGUCUUCGGGCGGAUGUCUCGACGAUCCAUGGAGAGUUUGUCAUCGAGACCUCUGGGGGUGCUUUCGGCACAAGCACCUGGCGGAAGAAUCCAUGCUACCUCAUCCGACAUUCGAAGUCAGACUAUCGGGAUGGCCUGGAGCGCGCCGCGAGCAAAAAGAUCGACAAGAAACCGGGCUCCAAGAGUUCUGCGGCCGGCGUUCGAGUGUCCGUGGCCCUGGCCGAGGCCAGCGACAGUCCCGCCACCAUGGCGGUGCACGUCGUAAGGAACAACAAGGAGGUGCACGAAGCAGGUGCCGGGUACAUGCUGAUGCCGGGCUACGAUGUCCUCGCCUCCUCACAUGAAGACGACGACAUCCCAAGCUGCGAGUUCGACCUGCCACCCUCCUCGCAGCCGCUUUUCAUCGUGCCUUCAGCUGCGAAGGGCGAGCUCGGUCCAUUCACCCUCAUCGUCAAUGCAACAGAGUCGGUCGACGUGAUCAGGAUCCCUCCGGCAAACUGCGAGCCCCAGCGCUUCCAAGAGCGCUUUGAGGUCAAGUGGCUCCAGGAGCGGCCAUAUCAAGUCUGCAUGGGCGGUGGCCGGUUCCGAAACCGAGCUCCGAUGGUUUCGUGGUACCGGAAUCCGCAGUUCCGGGUCAAGCUGAAGCAGUCCGAGGAGCCACCGCCGGCCGAGCCGCGCACCACCUUAGCGCUGCCAGCUCCAGAUCCGAAUCGCAGCAAGACGCCUCCACCACCCAGGCUCAGCCGACCUGAAUCCCUGGGACCUCUGGUGCCGGCUCCCCGCCCAAACACCGCGCCCACAACGCCCGCGAGUGCAGAGAAGAUGGACCUAAAGAAGCUCCGAAUGAUCUUCGACAGUGCCGACGUGCAAGGAAAUGGUAUGGUCAAUAAGCGUGAGCUCGUCAAAGGGCUGCGCCGCGAUGCGAAGAUGGCCGAAUUCUUUGGCCUCCCCUCCGAAAUCCGCCAGGAGGAUGGCUCCCGGGACCAGAUGGAGGCACUCUUCCAGGCCAUGGACAGUGACUCUGACCGUGAGAUCACCUGGGAGGAAUUCGUGGCCUUUCAGGCAUCUCUGCAUCUGCGGAAGUCGCAGUGGUCGGAGGACGCGUCGGAGGUGAAUGCGUCCAAGUCCGAAGUGGACUUCAGCACCAUCGAUGCCACUCCUCCUCCGCUGCUGGGUGGAUCCCCAUCUGCAGUGGAGUUUGGCGGAGGAUCGCAAAUCCUGACCCAGCCAAUCGCAAGAAGCGGAGAUGUCAUGAAGACCCUCAAUGAAGAGCCACAGUCGAAGAGGGAGCGGGUGCAUCCCAGAUUCACCCGCUGUAGCGCCAACGCCGAUAGAAAGCAGUUUGGCAUGGCUUUCGAUUUCUGGCUGCUGCAGGCGGGACCAGCUGCGGUUCACAUCCUGCGGAAUCUGGAGGGCAUGGGCAAGGUCCUGGCUCAGAGUGGCUUGCGGCAUACUGGUCGUGAAUAUUCCAGCGCCAGCGAG